GUGACUGAUCACCUCACGAUAAGACAUUCAUAUAUAAAUUCAAACUGGGGUCGUCUGCCACAUCACAUCGAUAACACGGACAUCAGAGAUUUAGCAAUGAAGGCCAUCUUAGCCGUUCUCUUGUUCGUCGGGGCGACACAAGCCCUCGUCUGUGACAAGGAUGUCUGUCAGCGCGUGAGGUGUAUGAGCGUUGAGCAGGACAGCUGCGAUGGGAGGGUUGACCCAAAGGGAGGAUUCUGUGGAUGUUGUCCGGCCUGCAUCAAACAGUUAGACUUGAAGGAGGGAUGCCUGGCUUCGAAAAUCCUCGGUGUCCCCGCGAACAUCGAGUGCGGGUCUGGCCUCUAUUGCCACCCGGAAAAAAACACAUGUGAAUAUGACUGUAAAAUUAGGCGCCAAGCUGUGUUGGACCGCCUUGAAAAUACAGACAUUCUCGGUUUAGAACCAAUGAAAUGUGAAGAGGAUGGGAGUUAUAGUGCCAUUCAGUGCAAAGGAUCUGUGUGUUUGUGUGUUGAUGACCGCGGUAAUGGUCUCCACCGUGGCGUAGGUCGAUGGGAGACAGACGGCAUGAAUUGCAAUUGUGAGCGCGACAAGGACGCCCAUGCGAAGAAGUACGGGGGUGCUUUGGGCAAGAUAUUACGUUGCAAGGCGAAUGGAAACUAUGAAGACAUCCAGUGCGAAGGCUCCGUGUGUUUCUGCGUGGAUGAUUUCGGCAAACAGAUUGGAUCCGAAGGGGUUAACAUUGGCAAAAUGGACUCUUUAAAUUGCUAAUUUGGACAUCGACUUAAGCUCAAAUUCCAUUCCAGUUGAGAACGACCAAAUUCAAGGAGAUUCGAGGGAAUCUUAGUAAAUUGUUUUGGUAAAAGUUAA